AAGAAGAGAAACCGAAAGUUUUUCUCGCGGAAGCUCGAACCGUCACCAGUGACACAGCUUAAAUGAAAUAAGACUUGAACAAAAGACGGCAUCAAAACAGACGAUUUAAAGGGCAGCAGAAAUGUCGGUCAAGUUUUAUGGUUGGGAGGUGAUGUAUGACGACGACCAGCACCUUCAGGCAGAGCAAGAGCCAAAAUCGGGUAGACUCUACACCAUGUACCAUGGCACUAAGGUGCAGGUAGCCCGCAACAUCAUACGGGAUGGAUUCCGCCAGUCAGCCGACGGCAUGUUGGGUCCGGGUGUGUAUGUAAGCCGCAACCAAAAGAAAGCAGAGCGCUACCCGCUGAACUCCCCUGUCACUGACCGUGUUGUGCUGAAGCUGCGCGUGGACGUGGGAAAAGUCAAACGCAUCGACACUGACAACCACCCGCUGCAGAAGAGCUGGCACAGCCAGGGGUAUGACACCGCCUGGGUGCCCCCCAAUUGCGGCAUGAGAGCCGUUCCCAGCGGCUUGGAGGAGGACUGUGUGUGGGACCCCAAGCGAGUGGAGGUGGUCGACAUUGCCCUGGCGCCCAACACCAACAUCUUGGCAGAACUGCAGGGACUGAUCGCCCAGAAACAGCAGCAGCAGGCGAAUGCUGGGUCGACCGGCCAGACUGCUGGGGCAGCGUGUCAGGUGUGCAAGAAGAAGAUGCUGUUGCCUCACACCGUGCAGGCGUGCUGGGGCUGUGGAGAGAACAUAUGCACCCUUACAGCCAAACACUUUUGCUCUUUUAGGGGUUGAGGCAGAGCAUGUAACAUUUGCCUUGAUUCAUCUUGAUUCAACCUUGCCACACAGAAAUCGAGUGUGUCUUUUAAAACUGCUGUUUUGUCAGUAUAAUAAUAUGAUUGAUGAAUCCUUAAUCAUGGUAGUUCUGAACCAGGGAGAAUUCACUAAAUUUCAGCAUACAUUAUCCUUUACUUUGUUGUUGUAGAGCAUAAACAAAACCACCAGGACCCCAUGAUAGAGCUGAAAAAUGCUUCUCAUCUAUACCCAGCAGAGCUGAAUUCCUUCUCUUUUGACUGCAUAAAAGACUCUUUUCCAUACUAUUCCAAGUUUUGUAAAAUUAUGGGUGAUCAGUGUUUUACUGCCCAUGGGAAAAGCAUGCAAACAAGCCUCAUUGUGCAAGCUGCAGAGCAGCUAUAUAUUGUUUGUUUUCCCUUGAUUUGGUUUGUAAAUUCUGGACAAUUGUAUAAAUACUAUGAAAGAGAAUAA